AUGAUCAACAUCCUAACCUGGAUUCCAUCACACCCUGGAAAAGUAGGUGAAAUUCUUGAUCGGGUAUAUCCAUUACUUCUUGUGAUCAGAUGGAUCCUAAUGUUACUUGUUGUGAUCUAUAUUGUUGACAUAAUUUUUCUUUCUCCCAGGAGAAUUAAGAACAUACCAAAUCUUUAUUCUGCUAUUCCAGUUUGGGGUAAUCUCUCCUUGAUAUCUCCAUCAGCAAAAACAUGGCAGGACUCUCCUUGUCUGAAGUUUCUCAAAAUAACAAAAAGCUUAGGAGAUGUUUACCAGGUUAGGUUUGGAAUUAGAGAUGUGAUUAUUGUCAACUCCUAUUCCUCGAUUAUGAAGUUAUGGUGCUGUAAAAGUGUGCGGGGAAAUAACUCAAGACCAAUUGGUGACACAUUUCACAAACUUCUUUCAAAAGAAAAUAUAUACACUAUAGGAACUACACCGUUUGGCCCAGAUUAUUUGAAGAUGAGGAAAUUUGUCACUUCUCAUCUUCUUAGCCUUUAUCAUGGAAAAAGUUACAACGGCCGUGUGAUUGGUCGGGAAUCGGAUAAGCUCAUUGCCAGAAUUAUCAAGGAAAGUGGGAAAAAGAAGGUGGCCAGCAAUGGGAAGCUUACCAGGUCAUUAAUUGUGAAUGAUCUUCUUCUUCAAUGCCAGUAUUUCCAUUUGGCAGUUGCUUUAAUGCUCACUUAUGGGUACUCAAUAAAUUACUCAGAUGAGGAGGCUCGGAAGAAUGCAAAAGAGAUCAUAUAUGUGGAGAAUCAAAUCACAAAAGUGAGGUCUCAUGUGCAAAACUUCCAGGAUUUUCUACCGCAGCCUUUCCGGGGACUUGUGGAGAGACUUUCUGGGAAAGAGAAGAAGGCCAGUGCAUUAUACGAGAGAAGAAAGAAAUAUCUAGACAGAUACUUCACAUAUUCCAAGAAUAAUGUAACUUAUCCCACUGUUUCAGUGAAAAAAAGUCUCAUGUACAGGUACUUCAUGGAUGGUGGGGAAAACAUCAACAGGGGACAAAUGGCCAGUAUCUGUCUAACACUGAUUAGUGCUGGACUCGACAACACACCUUUAAACUUCCUCUAUGAAAUACAUCAGCUAUCAAACUCUCCACACAUUUGCGAAAAGGCAUAUAAUGAGUUGUUGAAGUGCUACGCAAACGACCCAGCAGGGGCAUACAGGGACUGUUACAGAGAGCUGAAAUGCAAAUAUGUAGUGGCUCUGGUUAAAGAGACAUUGAGACUUUUCACGGUGUUGCCAAUGGCAUUACCAAGAGAGACAACUGCAUCGAUAGUUUAUGGAAAUGCGGUUAUCCCUGCCAAGACAAUUCUCUUUAUGAACUGUUGGGCUGGAAAUCACGAUGAAGAGGUAUUCUACAAACCAAUGGAAUUCAUCCCAGAGCGUUUUCUCAACAGCAAGACGAAGCACUUGGCGUUUGGAAUCGGUGCCAGGAUGUGCCUAGGAAAUCAUCUUGCAUUCCAGGAGUUGUACACCUUGACAUGCAAGUUCAUCCUUUUAUUUGAGUUUCAAAGCCCGCACACAACUUUGUUGAAUCCCUUAGAAUUGAAUCUGUAUCCAGGCUCAAUUGCGAUUGAGCCCGAACCACUUACUGUUGAGUUGAAGCUUAGAUCAGAGGAAUUACUUUCUGAGAUCAUCGGGGAUAGACCAGAGACAGUGGAUAAACCAGGUGAUGACAAAAAAUUCGAGCCUUUUGUUGGGGAAAAUGAAACUUCGAGGGCACAUAACUGA